AUGCAUUUUUACAAGCUACAGCCAACUGUACUUCUUCUUGCAGCUCUCUGCGCUGAGGCUGCUCCUGUUCCCAGUGGAGACAUGGGUAACACUGUGGCUACCAAAACUGAUCCUGAUCCCAACUUUGCCUACUACAACUUCAAGCGGGACCAGGAAAAGAAGGCGACGGAAAACUCAGCCGAUCCUGAUCCUAACUUCGCCUACUACAACUUCAAGCGGGACCAGGCAAAGAAGGCAGUCGAUGGGACAGCUGACCCCGACCCCAACUUUGCCUACUACAACUUCAAAAAGCGUGAAUAG